AAGUUUUUCUCAAUGAAAAACUAAAUAACGUCAUCAGAAGCUGUACAUUCAACUCGCCGUUCACUAUAAAAUGAAGACAGCUUUUUCUAACUUCAGCAUUGUGCUUCAAAUGCUUUAACUGAUAGCUCGACUUAAGUAACAUUAAUAGAUAACAAAAUAAAAAUAUUUUACUUAAUAUCACUUCGGUGUUUUCAAUAAAACAUGGACGCGUUAAGUGUACUUAUUGUGACCGUUAUAAUCUUAGUUGUGGCAUGGGUUCGAUCACUGCAGCGGAAAGAAAUGCCGGAAGGUCUACCGCCGGGAUCAAUGGGGUUUCCAUUAAUAGGGGAUUCCAUAGAAUUCGUUAAGAAAAAGGUAGAGUACUUUAAAGAAAAGCAUCGACUGUAUGGCCGAGUUUUUAAAACUAAUCUGUUUGGAAAGUCAAUAAUUAGACUUUAUGGAUCGGACAAUAUACAAAAGAUAAUCCAAGGCGAGAAUAAAAUAGUCCGUUCGUCAUACCCUACGUCUGUGCUGAAGCUCGUCGGAUCACAGUCCAUCACCAUGAGUCAUGGCGAAGCUCAUAAAUCCAAGAAACGAGAACUGAUGAAAUAUCUGAGCCCCGAGUUCUUCCACAAUCACACACCCGUGCUUGCGAGUGCUAUCUCCGGUCGCAUAGAACGAUGGUGCGACCAACCGGAAAUAGAUUUAUAUGAAGAAUGCCAGAAACUGUUUGUUGAACUCGCCGCCAAGUUUCUUAUCAAUAUUGAUAUAGAUGAAGCAGACGUCUCAGAAUUACAGCGCCACCUACGUACAUUUACUGACAAUAUGUUUAGCCUUCCCCUUGACAUUCCAGGAUUUGGGCUGAAUAAGGGCAUGAAGGCAAAGUUUGCUAUGCGGAAAAUUAUUGCAGCCGCACUCGAGAAGUCUGCAAAUAAUAACGACGUCGAAAGGGAGUAUUGUUCUGUUCUUCAAGGUCUAAAAAAAUCAAACAGCUCUCACUUCGAAGAUGAAGUUGUUCUGCUCGAUUCUAUAAUAGAUCUUCUCUUUUCUGGAUCACAGACCGUGAACUCGGCCGGAUUUUCCCUCGCACAUACGCUUUGUAAAAGACCGGAUGUACGGGAAAGAUUAAUGAAGGAUAUUAAAUCACAGGGCUUGGAGAAUCCUGAUGAGACAAUAUGCGCCAAUGACUUACCGGAAAUGACGUAUGUGGAUGCAGUUGUCAAGGAAACACUAAGGGUACUGCCUCCAGUGGGUGGAGGCUACAGAACGGCCCUUGAAACAUUUGAACUUGAUGGAUAUACAGUUCCAAAAGGAUGGUCGGUCGUUUUUAGUAUUAGGGAAACUCAUAUGAAUGACGAUAAAGUUCAAAAUCCACGUGUGUUCAACCCGGACCAGUGGCUGCAGCCAACGUUCGGCAAAGAUAAAUACUCUUUCUUGCCAUUUGGGGGUGGCACUAGGAUAUGCCCGGGACAAGCAUAUGCAAAGAUGAUCUUAAAACUCUUUGCAAUAGAAUUUACACGUUGUUGUUCCCCUUGCAUAUCCAAAGAUAGUGACUUGAAGUUUUGGCCAACACCAAGCCCAGAGAGCCAGGUACUGGUGAAGAUAUCGAAAGCUUAAACAUUUAAUAGACCUAUUAUCAAAAAGGGACAUGCACUGGAGCCAUGACAAUAAAGCUGUUUCCGGUAGUCUGUGGCGUCAAAUUACAUGAAUGUGUUUAUUUAAAACGUACAUUAUCAUCUUAUAUUUGAAUGGUUAGAAAACCAUAAUUUUGUAACCAAAAACCCGGUGACAUUUACUGUAUCUGUGAUAUUAAUAACAUUGUAUGUAAAUGUAUACAUACAUGUACGAAAUGACCUAAAAUAAUCUAACUUAUUUAAGAUAACAGUUGUAUAAAUAGACAUAUUAUGUUACCGCUUGAGGUAUAUAUAUCAACAAGAUUGAUAAGUAGAAUAGAGGUACAUUUGUACUUUAAAGUAAGUAAAUUUCCAUGUAAAUAGGGAACGCGUAGGCUCAAGUAUUUCAUAUUUUGUACGCUUACAUUUAUGUUACGUUCAAGAUAAAACAAGUUGUCGUUUACAUUCUUGCAAUUAGUUUAAGUUGUUUUUAAUACAUUUAUUUGCCUACAAUCUAAUUAAUGAUAUUUGAAUUCAGUGUCUCGUUAGGGAAAGAAUUGUUAAUGCUGACACUUUUUUGAUUGUUGUUGACAAAAAGUUGUUGUUUUUCAUUUUCCAUUCUUUUUUAAAACAUUUAAUGACAUUUUUAUCAAAUAAAAAAAAUGAUUUUGACAGAAAAAAAUCGCUCAAUGUGUUCAAACGUAAUUGGUAUUAAAUGAGCAUAACAGUUAUUCUUUCCAGUAAAGCAAUUCGCCUCCAGCUUAAUGUCACAUUUAAUAAAAUAUACAUCCUCAAAGGAAAAAAAGUGUAUUUUUUAGAUUUUUAAAUAAAAAAUAUCGAUAGAAAUUAGGAUUUAAAAAAGUGCCCAUUUUCCGUCAAUAACGGAAUAGAAAUAUGGUGAUAAGAAGUUGUUAAUUCUGUAUAUAGUUCACAUACAACUGAACACUUACUGUAUUUUUCUAUUAUUUUUAGUAUACUGGUCUGACGUACAGUACAGUACGUAUAAGUACAGUACUCCGACAAUGUAUUUAAACACAAUUAUAUAUUUUAUUAUGUUAAAAUUAAUAGUGUCAUAUUUUUGAUGAACUCUGACUGACUUAACAUAUUUCACAUAGUGACCUAUCAGCGACCUGUCAUCUAUAAAGAUAAAUGAUUUGUUAUUGUAGAUAACUUUCAAACUCUCAAUAGCGGUCCGUCUUUUUGAAAAAUGAAAGAUUGUCUUUACAAAACGUCUGAACAGAGACUAUUAAACAUCUUUGUUUUAUUUCAAACAUAAAUUGUUUGUCUUCGUUGUCAGUUUUUAUGCCAAUAGUCUGUAAGCAAUGAUGGAUUUUUAGGAAGAUUUCACUGCAUAUAAUUAUGCCAACACACGUAUAAUUAUAUAAUGAGAUAAUGGUAAUGAUAAUUUAAUUAUUCUUUGCCAUUAUUUAUACAUGUAUAGUUUCAUCAGUAUAAAACAUAAAGCAUGGUUUCUUUAAUUUUAGUUUUAGAUGAAGCAAUGCUUAAUAGGAAUCCAUUUCAUUUUUUUCUACUUAUAACUUUAUAAACGUUUUACGAUUUAUUGCCAUACUCUUUAUUGAGCUGUAACUAAUGUACAUGUAUUUAUUGUAUGUGCCAUAUUACUUUUACAUUUUAAAUAGACAACUCCAUGAAUUACAUUUUGAUUGUUCAUAAAAUAA